GUGAAAGGUUAGAUAUUCGAAAAUCGCGGACCGUUUAUCAAUCUAUUCAAGAUGGGAAAGAAAAAAGGAGGAAAUAAGAACAAACUGGCCAAAAUGUCGGAGGAGGAACGGGCCAGAUAUCUGCAGCAUCGUGCCGAUAUGGAAGAGGAAGCACGCCGUCGGAAGCAGCAGUUAAUUGCCACUUUUAUGAAGAACAAGCUGAAACGCGAGGAUGCCUUCUCCCGGCUGAAUCUGGCCAAAAUCAACCAAGAGUGGCGCACGAUACUGCGCAACAUAAAGUGCAAAGAGCUCAAAAACGAAAUCGAACAGGUGGAGAAAAUGUGCACCGAGUGCAUCGAGAGCAAGAACGGCAUCAUCCGGCGGCUGCUGUGCGAUCUGGACGAAUCGGAGGAAAUCUACUCGACCAUGCUGCACGCCCACAUGGAGAAGAUCGAUAAAAUCAUGAAUAUUCACAAGGAUCGGCUGCAGUUCUUGCAGGAGUUGUAUGAGAUAGAGAAGAAGGAGAUCAUCGGGAACUACGACUUGGAAAUCGGCCACUACAAGAGUAAAAAGUUUGGACUACAAAAAGAGUUGGAAUGUGUAUUUUUCGGACUGGCCGAAAAGAAACGGCUCGAUGAAAAGCAUGCGGAAGAGGAGCAUAUGACGAAGAAGGAUGAGUUGAAAAAUUCGAUGAUCCUCAAGCUGGAAAUGAUAACGAAGGAACGUGAGCGACACAUGGAAAAGCUCUGGAAAGAGUUCCAGCGGGUGCUGAACGACUACCUGCGCAACACCGAGGAGCACCGUAACGAGUACAGCAAGUUGCGCGAUCAGGAUGCCUGUGAUACCCGUCUCAUCCAGGAACACUACGUGGAGGUGGCUCGUUUGACCGAACUCAUCGGUAACCUUCGGCUGAAGUUGGUCACCAUCAGAGAGGAGCACGAAUUCAACAUGAAACAACUGCAGAAAACCAAAAUGGAGCUGCAGGAACGCAUGCGUAACAUCAAACAAGAAAUGGAGAUCGGACUUCGGAUGGACGAGGAAAGGUUGAAACAGCUGGCGGUUUGCAGCAACGGGGCGCUCAAGUAUCUGCAGAACUUGCUGAAACGAGGAAAUUCGAUUCUGCAAAUUGCCAAUUUCUGCAGGAAAUUCGAAACCGAGAACGAGAGUUUGCUCCCGUUUGUGCACAGUGCGGUGAAGAGACAGAUGUUCGAAGUUGAUGAGGAUGAACUGAAGGAACCUUCCACGGAGUUUGAGGUGUUCAAAAAGGACACAUUCGGAAUUGCGAAGAAGUUCGAGAACUUCUGGAUGCGAUUCAACAAAGCGAGAAUCGACUGUGCCUGUCUGCAGGAGGAAAAACAACAACUGUUGGAGGAGAACGAGCGUUUGAAGAGCCAACUAAAAGAUUAUUUGAUAACCGUAAACAUCAAUAACGGUGGGUCGUUGGAGUCCAACGAAACUCUUCUGGCCAAAAGACCUAGUUCGAUGAAGGUGGAGAAGGUGGUACACAUUGAGCUAAAGCAGAAGGCUAUAAGAUUCACCAAAAAUGGCCAGCGUCGGCCGGUGACCUGUAUUGAGGGUAAUUUGAGCAACGCUAUACGAAACGAAAAGCUCCUGGAGAUUAGAGAAAAACCAACGGAAUUAUAUUCACUCGUUCCGCAAUCGUCAUAAUAUGUGUGCUGUGGGAAGAGUUCGUUUGCACAGGUGUUUCAAUUGGGUUGGCCAAAUAUUAUCACAUUUUCAAGCAAUUAUAUCUUCCACAUUUUGUGUGUUAUUAGCAGUGUUUUUUAAAUAUAUUUAUAAAACAUAACUCUAAAAAAAUAUAUUGCUUCAAAAAAAAAACGUGUUAAUAGAGAAUCAAACAAAAAAUGCUGGACAACCAGCAAAUGACUGAAGCAAAUAACCAAUAACAUAAAAUUUCAUAUUAAAAGAUAAGGCUGUAGAGGGAGUUGAACCUACGUGUAAAGCAAGUUUACUGGCAUGGUAUGCGGUGGAAGGCAUCAACGUGGAGCGGAGACAAUUACCGGUCGGUCUGCUGCCACAAAAGAUUGCGUUCUUCGGAUCAUAAAGUCCGGCGCUUUUCGGAACGUCGGAGCCAUUGCCUACAAAAAUAAAAGAACUUAUUACGAAUUCAUGGAAUGCUGGAAAUUUCAAACCUGUAAUUUGGCUUCGACUAUUCCUUUGUUGUCUUCGGACAGUUGAAUUUUCUGGCGAGCCUGCUUCAGCUCUCGAUCCAGUUUUUUCCGCUCCUCUUCCAGCUGUCGCAACUUCUGCUCGGCAUCCUUGAAGCGCUUCUCGUUCUCCUGCUGCCGGAGCUCGAACUCCAUCCGUUUCUGUCGCUCCAGCUCGAGCAGUGCCUUCUGUUCUGCCUGCAGUUGUUCCAAUUCCUCUCGCUUAUCCCAUUCUUCCGCUAAAACGCGAGCCUGCAAAGCUCGCACAAUUUCCUCGUCACGCUUAGCCUGAAUCUCAUCCUCGAGCAUACGUUCCAAACUAAGCUUCACAUCUUCUAGCUCUGCAACACGACGAGAGUCUUCGCGUGCGACCGCUUCAUACUGCCGGGCUUGGGAUUCCGCCGCAAGACGAGCUAGCUUCUCCUGUUCUAGCUGGACGUUCGUUUCUUCCAACUGUUUCAAGUGUAUCCUGCGUAAUUUUUCCUCUUCCUGGCGUUUCUUCUGCUCUAAGUCGCGCUGUUGUUUUCUGCGAUUGACUGUGUCUCGUUGGAAUCCUUCACGUCCCGUGGAGUAUGUAAUGGCCAGCUGAAGUGCCGAUAUCCACUGGAGACGUGUUUUGUGAUCCUGCGCUCCCAACUCGUACGCACGAUCCCGUGACACUAGGGUGAAUUUUUGAAUUCGCUCAGUCUUACUUGAUGAUGACACGCUCGGUUUCACGGUAAACUUCGAGUCUAGUGCAAUCGUUCCACACACCUCCUUAUCGGUGUGAUGUUUGUAAUAGCUCAACUCGCAUGGCUGUAUCACGAAGAAAUACUCGCGGAACGUUGGCAGCACGUAUCCUCGCCUGUACAGAUACCCUUUCUUGAUCACGUCCAUUAUUAGCGUCUGAAAAAUGUCUCCAAUCGCUUCGCAAAUCGACGCUACGUAAUCAUUCACUUUGUCGUAGUCCUUGAACCUUAAGAUCUCCAAAAACUCGUUAAACUUUAGCCCAUUGUCCGACGUCUUCAGAUAGUCAUAUUUCUCUCCGUUGUUGUAAUUCAACCCGAGGGAGUUCAGUAGCUGCUUGACAACGAUCAGCGCCUCCGAUGGGUGAAUCCUCACCGUGAACCGAUUGUCGUCCAUUUCGUCGUUGUACAAGUCGGCCAUCAGACAGAAGAUCCGGAACAGCUGGUGGACGGCUUCUUCGGUGUAGUAUGCGUCAUCCAUCUGGAAGUCUUUGUGACAAACUAGCCAGCACACCUAGAAUUGAACAUUCGAAUGAGAUUGAGUAUGUGUAGGAAAGUCAUGUAUCGGAUCAAACCUCAUCGAUUUUCUUUUCGUAAUUUCUAAGCACCGAAAGCGGUGUCUCAUUGGGAAUGGAAGAGAAUACCUCCUGGCCGAGGUAAUAUAUGUAAUGAUCGAAGUUGAGGGUAGGGGUAGAUCUGUAGUGGUCCAGGCCACGCUCGACGCCAUAGAGGUCCAGAAGGGUCGCGAUGUUUGCCGUGAGGACCUGGAAUGAUAUGAUAUGAGAUAUGAUUAAUGAUUAUAUCAAGAGCAUAAUUUAGUAUUUAGUAGUAAUGUAAUACAUACACUGGAGUCGCUUUUUACGAGGGCGGUUUUUGUUUACGCGGCACGGUAAACAAAAACCGCGUAAAUUCCAAAAUGCGAAUAACGAAAAUCCGCGUAAAUUCCAAAAUCUGUGUAAAGAACUGCGUAAAUUUCAAAAUCCGCUUAAAAAUAAACCGCGUGAAUUUCAAAUUCCGUGUAAAAAUCUAACAAAGAGUGAAGUAUUAGUUUAAAAUGCAACCAAUAUUCUAACAAUUGAUUAACUGAUUAUUUUUUUGCAUUCUACAAUCUUGAUAUCUGUAUCUUCUUUUAUUUCUCAGCUACUAAUCAGUAAUACAAUAGACGAAUGUCAUGCCAACUCGACUGGCCGUUGGCAGCACCAUCUCAGAUAGCAGUGAAACGUUGUGGGUGUAAAGACAUGGGUCAUUUAAGCAGCUUUGCAU